AAUUCGGACCGAGUGCAGCAGGACCUGGAAUCUGAGUUUCUGUCGCUCUACACCUUGCUGGAUGAGCUGAAGGAAGGGAUGCUGAUGAAAAUUAAGCAGGACCGAGCCAGCCGGACCUAUGAGCUGCAGAACCAGCUCUCUGCUUGCACCAAAGCCUUGGAGAGUUCGGAAGAACUCCUGGAAACAGCCAACCAAACCCUCCAGGGGGUGGAAAACCACGAUUUCAACCAGGCUGCUAAACAGAUCAAGGACAGCAUCACCAUGGCCCCCGCCUUCCGGCUCUCUCUCAAGGCCAAAGUCAGCGACAACAUGAGCCAUUUGAUGGUGGACUUUGCCCAAGAGCGUCGCAUCCUGCAAUCCCUGAAAUUCCUGCCAGUCCCCAGCGCCCCUGAGAUAGACACCGCCGAAUCCUUGGUGGCUGACAACUGUGUGACGCUUGCGUGGCGGAUGCCUGAGGAAGACAGCAAAAUCGACCAUUACGUGCUAGAGUAUCGCAGAACCAACUUCGAGGGGCCGCCACGAGUCAAAGAAGAUCAGCCUUGGAUGGUCAUAGAAGGAAUUAAGCAAACCGAGUAUACCCUGUCAGGUCUGAAAUUUGACAUGAAAUAUAUGAACUUCCGUGUGAAAGCUUGCAACAAGGCCGUCGCUGGAGAGUUCUCAGAGCCCGUCACCCUGGAGACAAGAGCUUUUAUGUUCCGCCUGGAUGGCAGCACGAGCCACCAAAACCUCAAAGUGGAAGACCUCAGCGUGGAAUGGGAUGCCAUGGGCGGGAAGGUGCAAGACAUCAAAGCUCGGGAAAAGGAGGGAAAGGGUCGCACAGCCUCUCCGGUCAACUCGCCUGCCAGGUGUGUGCAGUCACCAAAAAGGUUGCCGUCAGGCCGUGGAGGGAGGGACCGUUUCACCGCCGAGUCCUACACAGUGCUAGGAGACGUCUUGAUCGACGGCGGCGAUCAUUACUGGGAAGUGCGCUACGACCGGGAUAGCAAAGCUUUUGCCGUUGGGGUGGCCUACAGGACUCUGGGCAAGUUUGACCAGUUGGGCAAGACGCCUUCAUCGUGGUGCCUCCAUCUGAACAACUGGCUGCAAGUCAGCUUCACGGCAAAGCAUAACAACAAAGCCAAGAUCUUAGAUGUGCCGGUGCCCGACGUCAUUGGCAUCUACUGUCAUUUCCACGAAGGUUUCCUCUCCUUCUACAAUGCCAAAACAAAGCAACUGCUUCAUACGUUUCGGGCCAAGUUCACUCAACCAGUUCUUCCAGCCUUCAUGGUUUGGUGCGGCAGUUUCCACGUCUAUCCCGGCUUGCAAGUCCCCAGCGCCGUCAAAUGCCUUCAGAAGAGGAACAGCGCCACGAGCAGUUCCAAUGCCAGUUUGUCUUAGGAUCACGCUACAGCACUCGGUUUGCAGGAUCCAGCCUCCCUCGCCACAAGAGAGGCCCGGAUUGCCCAGAUAAGCACGGGAAAAGACUUCUCCUCCAGAGUUCUUUUCACAUCCCUGCUGGUUCUCAGAUCUGCACCUCCCUCCACCCCCGCAGCCAAAGCAGAGGACCUGGAGCGCAAACAACACGCCAUGAAUGUAUUGGAUUAUUAAUUUAUGAUUGUAAAACACUGUCUCGUAUUGCCAAUCCCAGAGUCCUGCCCCCUCCUCUACCAAAUUUUCACUUUGGCCUUCUACGGAAGCAGGGAGAGCACAGGUGCUGGGAAGUCCGGAAGCUCAGUUUUAAAAGAAUAGCAUUUUCAAGCAAGGCAGAAAUUUAAAAUUCAGCAGCGAUCUAAAUGUUGCGCCAAGAAAAUCAUGUAGAUGAAGCUUUUUUGCGUAAUAAUUUAAUUGUCAGGGACCGGUCACUCUCUUCCUUAGCCACAGGUGUCAAACUCGCGGCCCUCCCGAUGUUAUGGG